AAUCUUCUAUCAUAAUGGCGAGGAAGCUUUGCUCUGCAGCCAUGAAAUUAGCUGCAAAGGAAGUGAUUCAGUAUGUGGAGCGAGUCCUCUUCUGGAUCGAAAGGAUAGCUUUCUUCACCCUGACUUGUUUCUUGCUCAUCCGCCUCUCCGAUUCCAACAAAUCCCUCCAGCCAGAAUUCUUCCAUGGACUCGUAUUCAUGAUCGCCAUCAUCGUCUUCUUCCAAGGCUGGUUCUUUGUUCGUUACCUCCACAAAACGAGACCGGAAACGAUCGGAGUGAGGAAGGCAUACAAUCUGAUGAAUUCCGUCCUCCCUGCCACUCCACUAUACGACGCUCUCCAAUUCUACGAGUCAUUGUGUGUAAUUGUUCACCUACAGACGAUUGUGUUCUUAAGCACCAUCCCGCCAUCGUUCACGUGGGAACCGGACCUCGUCCUCGCUCUCGCCUCCUUUGCAGGUCUCUACAUUGCUACGUUCGUCACGCGGUUCUGUACCUUGCACUCCACUUAUUACGACGACGAGAACCGCUGCGGCGACGACUGGACUGCAGUACUUAAGGCCAGGCAACAUUGCGACAAUGACAUUGAUCGGAAUAAGGCGGGAGGAGGAGAUGGAGGCAGAGCACCGUCUUCAGGGGAAGUUGUCAGGGGAAAAACAGAGGAGGAGGAGGGAUUGCUUGGGGACAGGGUGUUGAUUGCUUGGCAAGAAGAAGUAUCGCUCAUUCAAGCAGAGCUUUCGGAAGCUACGGCGGUGGUUGAGCAUUUGCGACGCCGCAAUGUCCCAUCUCCGUCUUGAUUAAUCAUGUGAUCAUAGCCGGCCGGUGCAAAUUUCUCAUUCUUAUAGAUA